AUGUCAGAAACCCAUACAAUCCAUACUACCAGCGGAACCAAGCCGGGCGGCCCACCCCCCUCUGGGUCCUCCUCCUCCUCCUCCUCCUGCCGCGGCUCCAGCGGAUGCGGGGCGGGAAGGGGCUGGGGCCAGGCUUGGGCGGCCGGAGGAGAGGAUGGGGCCGGAGGGCAGUCGGGAGGCAGCCGGGAGCCGGAGCCAGAAGCAGUCUCUGCUGAACCUGGCAAAUUCCUCGAUGAGAUCAUCAAGCAAGAGGCACUGAAUGGCUUACUGCCUGUCGACUCUUUUCACAAAAAAGAUGUGGCAAAGAGGCCUGGAGGAUACUUGAAAACGGCAUCACUGCAAAGGAUAGAAAUUCAGCCUCCCUCUGACUGUGGACCAUUGAUCCUGAAGGGGCUUGAGCAUCAUUGCAGAAAACACUACAGAAUUCCUAACAACUGCUCUCAGAAAGCGCAAUAUAAAACUGAGUUGGGAUUGUUCCAUUGUGAUAAAUGUGUGAACAGGGCCCCACUUUCUCUUAGUGUGGCAACAGGAUCAGCUGGAAAUAUAGCAGCUGGCCUUCAAGUGCAACAAUCUGAUAAUCAGACCUUACCUGUUUGUCCUAUGUUUGAUGUUUGUCAAGAAGACACUUUGCCUUCAUACAGCUCAUAUGCACACCAAACCAAUUGGCUAGAUCCUAUAAAAGAGGUGACUCAUCAUGAUGGAUCACAAGGGAGAGAAAGAAUGCAUGCAUUAAAUCAGAAAGAAGUAGAUCAUUACAAGGAUUCUGAAAGCAAGGACAUCAUCUGUAACUCUUCCAGUUCUCAGGAUCAUUUUAAUUCAAGUUUUAGCUUCAUUCAACUGUCAUUAAAUUUAGCUGCUGAAACAAAUGGCACUGAACACCCAUCACACUAUGGUGCGUCUAAAGAAGUGCUGCAUAUUUGCAGAAGAAAAAAAGCUGAAAAUGUUAGUUUGCAUGUUCUGGAGGAGAGACAAAGAAUUACAGAGAAAGAAUUGUGUGCUUUAUCCAACCAUACAAGUGGCAAAAAGUGCCAGGGCCUGCAAGAGACUGCAGAAUAUAAUAAACUGCAGAAUUGUGAGAGUGUCUUGCUUUUACAUGCAAAUGCUGGAUUUUGCUGUUCCACUGAUUCUUUGGGUGCAGCAUCUGCUGGCUCUUCUGUGACCUCAGGCUAUGAAAGUAGUAACGCUGUUAGUGAUCACAGCUGGGAUGCUCUGAUGAAGAAAUAUGAAUCAGUACUACAAGAGUGUUUAAUGGACAACCAAAAUAUAUUAAAGGUAAAUUUUUUAAUAAGAAAACUCCAAAGGCUUCAGGAGAAAGCAGUAGCUGAGGAUGACUAUGAGAGAGCUGAUAAAUAUAGAAGAAAACUUGAAGAGUUGGAGAAAGAGAAAUGUUCACUUAAAUUUCAGCUUCCAUCUCGACAUCCUUCAAUUAGCAGCCUUUUGGACAGGUUCAAAGCACAAGUUCAAAUAACAUUGGAUGGGGAUGUUCCUAGGUUCAGUGAAGAAGAAAACCAGCUUUUCUUGAAAAAUAAACAGAAGAUUCCAAGUCUUCCUUACCACGAAAAAACAUUGGCCUCAGUCACAAAACGAGAUCAGUUGUUGGAAGAAAAGGAGUGGAUACAGAAAGAAAUUGAAGUUCUUAGAACAAGACUGCUUCUUCUGGAAGCUAAAGACCAACAGUUAAAGACAGAAAUACAAGAGCAAGAUAAGUUCAUCCAGGCCCAGGAUUGUGAUCUGUUUGGUUUGCUCAGCUGGGUAUCACUGAGGGAACUACAGGCAAUAGGCAAAGACUUGGCUGAUACUUCAGAAGCAUCACAUAAAAUUUCAUGUAGUUUGGAUUUUCCAGAAUCCAUAAAAAGGCUUCAAGAAAAAGAACUGUUGCUCAAUAUGUCUAUUAAAGAUAUUGCUGCCAAAGUAUGUACCAGUCAGAAGCUCUGCAGCACUUUAAGGAGGAAAGUAAGUGAUAUUGAGACUCAACUACCAGCUCUUCUUGAAGCCAAAAUACUUGCUGUAUCAGGAGGUAAUUUCUGUAUUGCUAAAGACCUCGGAGAAGAGAUUAAGUCAUUAACAGCUGAAAGAAAGAGGCUGGAGGAACUUCUGAAUGAGCAGUUGUCACUGAGUGCCAAAAAUGUCCACAAAUUAGAGAGGAUGAAAGAAGGUUACAGGAGAGUGAAGGAAGAAAUGGAGCAACAGGAGUCUACCUUUGAGAGGACAUUGAAAGAAAAUGCUAUCAAAUAUAUGGAAAUUCUGGAAGGAAAAUUACAAAGCUGUGGGAGCCAGCUUCUUGAAAGAGUGUGGGAAGUUGACUUAGAGGCCUGUCAGCUGUUGAUCCAAGGCUUUCAACGGAAGGAAAAGAGUGGUUGCAUUUUUGAGGUAGAAGAAAGCCAAACAGAUGAAGUGGAGGAUGCUGCUGUUGCCUCUUUAAGUACCAAGCAGGAACAAACAAAACACUUUCCACUGAAAGACUCCAAACGGAGUGCUCUCCAGCACCCUCUUAUCCAAAACAAAGACCAAAGGACACAUUGGGAACCAGAAGAGGAUUGCCAUAUGCUUUCUACAGAAGUUGAAGCAAAGUGUGAAAAAAUAAGUGAGAGAUUGUUUCACCUGGAAGAUCAGCUUCAGAGAACAACCUGCACCUGUGAUGAAGACCUUAUUGAAUCUCUACAGAGAGAGAUCCAGAUGGUGAAGGAAACUCUCCAGGCCAUGUUGGUGCAACUCCAGCCACCUAAGGAAGCAGAAGAAGAUGCUGGUGCAGACUUCCUCCAUGACAGCUGGUGUCUGGGAAAGCAAUGCUUAGAGGAAUAAUGAGGAGGAUUUUUAUAGAGUUGCUAAAUUGGAUUUUGGAGCAGGAGAAGACACCAUAAAGCUCCAUCAAGUCGGACAAAGUAGCCCAUGUGGCCCCCCAGAAGGUCCUUGGGCAUAAAGGUGUCCCCUUCAUGAAUCUGUUGCCUAACCCAGAUGCAGACAGACCUGCUUGGUUGCAUGGCAUGGUCACAUGAUCUCCUUCACCGCAUGAUUCCUGGUUGGCUGUGAUCCCAUAGCAAAGCCCAUUAAGAUUCCAACAAAGGCACAGAAAGCAAAAUAGGAAUGGACAAAGUGAAAGUCUGUGGAUAGUAGAGCUUUGGAAGAGAUCUAGCCAUGCACGUCUCCCCAAUCCAAAAACUGAACACCACAAAAGCUCAGUACAACACAAAUUUGCUAUUUUUCCUUACUGAUCAUCUUAAAACAUUACAUUGUUAUUUUUGUAUAUUAUUAUGUAAAAGGAUGAGAAUGGGGGGGGGGGUAUAUAAAUACAGCUGGCUCUUUUUAUACACAGAUUUUUUUAUACACGGA